GGAGAAAUAGAUUGAAAUUACUCGAUCAUUGGGUCGCUUUAGUGUUCGCUUGAUGUUUUUUUCGGAUGACAAGGAUUUUUGUCACCAAAAUUAACACACUGAACUAAAAAUAACUGAUUGUUCAUCUUUCUGUUAAUUUCACGGUGUUUGAUUUCUUUGGUAGUUUUGUAGGUUAUAUUAUUAUCUAAUAAAUGAAAUUGGCAAUUAUAGAGAGGUGGUGAAAUUAAAAACAAACUUUUAGCAUUUUCUAAAUAAUGUCUUAUCCACCUCCUAACCAACAAGGUGGGAUGUACCCGACCCCAUAUAACAGUGGUUAUCCUCCAGCCCCUCCACCAGGAUAUCAAACCCCAAAUGCACCAGGUUAUCCACCUAAUCAAGGUUAUGGCCCACCUCCUCAACAAGGCUAUCAACCUCCUCCAGGUCAAUAUCCACCUGGUGCUGGAUAUGGUCCAAUAACAAAUCAACCACUUGGGCCACCCGGUGGAUGGAUGAAUAUGCCUCAAAGCAUACCGAAUUGUCCACCAGGCUUGGAAUAUCUUACUAUGAUUGAUCAGUUAUUAGUACAGCAAAAAGUUGAAAUUCUUGAAGCACUGACUGGUUUCGAAACACAAAACAAAUUCACAGUAAAAAAUAGUUUAGGACAAAAAGUUUAUUAUGCAGUAGAAGACUCUGAUUGCUUGACAAGAAAUUGCUGUGGUCCGCUCAGACCGUUUGAUAUGAAAAUUUUGGAUAAUUACAGAAAUGAAGUUAUCCACCUCCACAGACCAUUAGCUUGUGAUUCCUGCUGUUUCCCAUGUUGCUUACAGAGUAUGGAGGUAUCGUCUCCUCCAGGAACAGUUGUAGGUACUGUAGAACAAGAAUGGAGCAUCUUCUGCCCUUCUUUCGCCAUAAAAAACUCCAGUGGUGAUACAGUAUUAAGAAUAGAAGGACCUUUGUGCACUUGGAGUAUAUGUGGCGAUGUUGAAUUCAAAAUAAUGUCGGGAGAUGGUGCUGUCCAAGUUGGGAAGAUAUCAAAGCAAUGGUCUGGGUUACUAAGGGAAAUGUUUACAGAUACUGAUUAUUUUGGAAUAACAUUUCCUAUGGAUUUGGAUGUUCGGAUGAAAGCUGUUAUGUUAGGCGCAUGCUUCUUGAUUGACGCCAUGUUCUUCGAAAAUACCCAAAAGGAUAACUCUGCUGUAAUUUAAAAUUAAUUUAUAUAUGUUGCCAAAUGUACGCUUUACAGUGUCUUCAUUAUAUUUUAUAAAAUAUUUUUGAAUCCCUCCAUUAUUAAAAUAACAAAUAUAUUGAAUAUAUCAUAAUAUUAUAGGACAAAUACAAGGUUCAUAUUUAGUACUAAUAUCAAAAAUUAAAAAUAAAAUAAUUUUUUUAAUGGCUGGGGUAGAACUCAGUUCAUGAAUAGUACGGUAAGGGCUCUGCCAGUGAAGGGACCUUAUUUUUCAUUAAUGUUCUAUAGGGAGUUGUCUUUCUCAUUAGAGCUCUACUAUUAAAGAAUUCUCGUGUCUCUUUAGUCGUUGCUAUGCUUCUAGAUUUUUUCCUUGAUGUACAUAUUCCAAGAUCUUUAUGGAGAGUAUCUUCCCAUACCAAGGUGCAUUCAGAUUCUGGCGAUUUUUUUUAUUUGAACGGGAUAUUUCUUCUUCAACUUGCUUAAAAGUGAAAAGCUCCGUCAGUUCUUCUGUUAUAAGGGGGGAUAUAAGCUAGGUAUUCCAUUAUUUCCUGGUCAUCUAUAUCAUCAUUACCUGUAAAAACUUCAGUAGGGUGUUCUGCAAGUGAAUCUACCUUUUCUAUGUUUUUCCUUGCCAAGGAUCCUGAAGAGGGUAUUUGUUUUCGAAAAAAGGGGUUCUUGUUGUAUAUCAAUUAUAUCCUUGUUUGGACCCCAGUCUGGUGACAGAAGUCAAGAGGGCCAGACUCAGAUUGCUAGGCCACUUGGACCGUAUGCCUAAGGAGUGGGGAUGGGCAAAACGUAUCGUCAGAAGCCCGAGGGUCGGCAAACGUUAGUUGUAUGAUGUUGAAGAGGAUCUUCGGGAGCUAGGGGUGAGUGGGAGGAUACGCCGAGUGUUGGACUGUGAUGACUGGAAGAAUGUGGUGGACAAGUCCAAGGCUUUUUGAGGGCCAUAGUGCCAGUGGUAGUUGUAGUAGUAGUAGUUUGUUUAAACGCCAAAAUAAAUGAAGAACAAUGUCUCCUUUACCUUUAUAUAUAUAUAUAUAUAUAUAUAUAUAUAUAUAUAUAUAUAUAUAUAUAUAUA